UAGUACCACGAGUUUGGCUGUUGGAUGAUAUACUUAACCCAAUAUUUGUAUUUAUAUUUGUUAAUUAUUUAAUAAUUUCUUCAAUAAUUCAAUGUCUCAUUAGCAGUCUCUGCAUUUGGGUCGAGGCAUUGUAAACGUUCAAAGAAGUAACACCAAACUACCAAACGUUGCACCAACGUUGUUUUGAAGUGCGGUAAAGAAGUAAAUAAUAGAUAACAGAUUGUUCUAUAUUCCAUAUUUAUAUAUCUAGGCAUUUUGAAUCUAAUUCUAUCGAUUAGUGUUACAUUUUUGAUAAAUUUCAGUCGAAUAUAUGAAUAUAUAAUCUUGCGAUCCUUGUUUGGGAUCGGUUUUUGUUGAUUAUUGGCCGAAUGUUCCUGACAACCUAUGAAAAAAUAAAUAAAGAAUUAAGAAGAUAAUAGUCAAAAAUUGCCUUUUGUCUAACUAUCCUUAAAAUAUUUGGCGCCUUCUAUUACUUUCUCAAAAGUUAAGUCAUUGUGGAAAAAACGGCCGAAAUAAAAUUCGAUAUGAAAGACAAAUUUAAAACCGGAAACGAAGCCAACCUUACUGAAGAAUCUGGAGAUGACGGGGAUGAGACUUCCAGCAUCGGGAGCACCUCUACUACCGACAAUACCUCCCGCAGUGCUACACCCACCAAUAGGACACGGAAAGGUCGUGCUGGGAAAAAGAAAUUAAGCAACGUCCCCAAAAUACCAAAGCCCAUUUAUAAAUAUGUGUGUAGCAUUAAAGAAGACCAUGGGCAGCCUCUUUUUGGUGCCCAAUUUAAUCAUCAUCUGAAGGAAGGACAACCGCUGGUUUUUGCUGCUGUUGGUAGUAACAGGGUUACAAUUUAUGAAUGUCCUGAAGGAAAUGGAAUUAAACUUGUUCAGUGCUAUGCAGAUCCUGAUCUAGAUGAGAACUUUUAUACAUGUGCUUGGUCAUACGAAGAAGAUCUUGGCAAACCGCUUUUGGCUGUGGCAGGUUCUAGGGGUGUUGUUCGGAUACUAAGCCCUGCUGCUAUGAGUUGCAUCCGACAUUACAUUGGUCAUGGGCAUGCCAUAAAUGAACUAAAAUUUCACCCCAGAGAUCCAAACUUAUUGCUUUCUGUUUCAAAAGACCAUUCAUUGAGGUUAUGGAAUAUUAAAUCGGACGUUUGUAUAGCCAUUUUUGGUGGAGUAGAGGGACACAGGGAUGAAGUACUCAGUGCGGACUUCGAUCUAAUGGGUAAUCGAAUUAUGUCAUGCGGUAUGGACCAUUCUCUUAAAUUAUGGAGAUUAGACAAAGAAUUGAUGAAGGAGGCCGUAAGGCAGUCAUAUAAUUGGAACUCGAAUCGGAAUUCUCGUCCUUUCGAUACCCUGAAGGAACAUUUUCCUGAUUUUUCAACCAGAGAUAUCCAUAGGAACUAUGUUGAUUGCGUCAAAUGGUUUGGUGACUUUUUGCUUAGCAAGUCAUGCGAAAAUUGUAUAGUGUGUUGGAAACCGGGGCGUUUAGAGGAUGAGCAGCUGCGAAAGGGCGAAACAACUUCCACCAUAAUUCAUAGAUUUGAAUACAAAGAGUGCGAGAUAUGGUUUGUGAGGUUCGCUAUGGAUUUUUGGCAAAAGAUUUUAGCUCUGGGAAAUCAAACCGGUAAGGUUUUUGUAUGGGACCUAGACGUGGUCGAUCCUGCCCACACGAAAUGCUAUACUUUACAACAUACUCGAUGUACCACCGCGAUACGUCAGACAACUUUAAGUCGCAAUGCCAAUAUACUUUUGUAUGUUUGCGAUGAUGGAACCAUCUGGAGGUGGGAUAAAAUCGCUUAAAUGAAUACAAUAUGUAUUUCUAA